GAUCAACCUCGCUUCACGAUGAAAUUUGCAGUAGCUGCCGUCGCCCCGCGUUCUACACGUCAAGUCAACAAUCCCAUUAACCCAAAUCUUGCAACACAAAUUAACCCAGCAAUUUAGAUAAGGACAUUAUUACUUUACUAAUCGAUUAAUACAAGGGUCCUUCUAUUCAUAAAUUUAUCGUCUUUCAAAAGCUUCGUUCACCCCUUCAAUAACGACCAGCGCAGCGUCGCAAUCCAAUGGAACCCUAUGAAACUUAGGCUCUGAUGCCAUGGAACAAAAUGGAGCCAACAAUGGGCAGGAUGCAAAGCCACCGGCAUCAUCUGCAGCUGCUGGCGCAAACAAGAGCCCGAAGAAGAGGCGUAAAGUAAAUCAUGCUUGUGUGUACUGUCGGCGAUCUCACAUGACAUGCGAUUUAGUACGACCUUGCGCGAGGUGUACAAAGCGUGGAAUUGGGCAUCUUUGUCAUGAUGAGCCCCGCGAACCGGAGUCGACCACGAAGAAGGCAGCGGCGAAGGGUCAGCAGCAUCACCAUAACAACAACGCUACAGCAGGAACAGCGGAGGAGCUGGGAGGGACACCGCCAGGUCUUAAGCUCGAAAAUCCUCUUGACAAUAGUCUAAAUAACUCGUUCGUCACGGCGGAACAACAGCAACAACAACAAGGUCAAGAUCAAGUUCAAGAAAACAAAUUGAGUCUUGGAGCACCAGCCAUAUCCCGUGGUAUCUCUCUUCAGCUGGCCCAGCCUACACCGGUUUCUGGGAUACAAGCGAAUGCUCUCAAUUGUAGCAGCAAUAAUCAAUUUCUUGGGUAUCCGAAUGACUGGCUUGGGUCGCAAAACCAAUUUCAAGAUAUGCAUAACUACCAUCCAUCGUACAUGUUCAACGCACCGGAAGUCACCAACGAGUACAAUCUUCUGAACGAUUUCCUCAAUAAUAGUCUUCUAGACGACGGAGCUCUAGGUACAGAAGACACAUCAAAUUUUUAUCCUGAUCAAGCUGGUUCAAUGUUAUCAGGAGGCAAUUCCAACACGCUCACAUCAGGAGCGCAACAAGCUUCAGGUAGUGGUCCAUCAGCAGGACUGAAUCCACCAGGAAACUCGAUUUCGAGACCGGCGAGCGUCAUACCAAUUGAUAAAGCCCGCGAGUACUACCUUCAAGCAGCUGAUCCCACUGGUAACGAUGUCCCCGAAGUUAGAAUGCAACUGUUGUUGAGGGCAAAGUACGACGCCGGAAUGCUGAAGCCUUUCAAUUAUGUUAAGGGGUAUGCGAGACUUUCGGCUUACAUGGAUGGACAUAUGCAACCGGCUUCAAAGCAAAAAAUACUCCGGCAAUUGGAUCGUUUCCGACCAAAGUUCAGAGAAAAGGUGCAAGCAUUGACAGAUAUUGAACUCAUCUACGUGGAAAUGUGGUUUGAAAGGAGUUUGAUGGAGUAUGAUCGAGUUUUUGCAAGUAUGGCCAUUCCAGCUUGUUGUUGGAGGAGAACGGGAGAGAUUUUCAGGGGAAACAAGGAAAUGGCUGAGUUAAUACAUGUUCCUAUUGAAAAAUUACGGGAUGGAAAAAUAGCGAUCCACGAGAUCCUGACGGAGGAAUCGCUAGUUAAUUAUUGGGAGAAAUUUGGAGCUAUAGCUUUUGAUUUGAAUCAGAAAGCACUUCUGACGAGUUGUUCGUUGAAGAAUCCGGAUGAUAAGAGUAAAGAUCCGACGAUUAAAUGUUGUUUUUCGUUCAAUGUGAGGAGGGAUGAUCAUAAGAUCCCAUCUCUGAUUGUUGGAAACUUCUUACCUCAAGAUCCUGUCAAGCGGUGAUAUAUUUAAAUUAUGGUAUGGGAACAAGAAUGGAAGACGGAGAGCAAAGAAGUAGAAAUGAAGAUAUUUCAACUCUUUCCGGUAUUUAUUAGAUGAGUACGUACAUAAGAUGCAUAACGUAGAGAUUGGGCAUGGAAGUGUUAUUUUGCAAGACGGGAUCGGAUUGAAAAUGAAGAUUUCUACUAUGCGAAAUGGAAAAGGAGUGAAGGGAAAGGGGUAAGGGAUAGCAGUGCAGAGGUUUUGGGGAUUGAUGGUAGGAUCAAAUGGGUUUGAUAGGCGGGCGGCGGAGGGAGUUCUGGAGGGGGGAAUGUUCGGGUAAAUACUGGGUAUGGUCAAUUGCUACGACCUACCUACCUAGUAUGAAUGUGAAUUCACAGAGCAGAGCAGAGUAAAGCAUCAAAAAGCUUUACCUUUCAACUUUUUAUGAAUAAAUCCUUUUCUUUAAACA